ACCUAGGCUUCGGGGUUGGGCUCUGCCCCUACUUGUGUGGCCCCUGUGCUUGCCUCAGUUUCUUUCUCUGCAGAAGGGUAAAGCUCCCUGCCCUAAGACAACUAGCUGUGGGUUAAGUGGCAGACGCUCGGGGAGAGCUGGCGCGGGGCGGACCCCGGCGCCGGUGCUGACCCGGACGAGCGACGCCGGCUCCGCCCGGAGACUCGAGCCGGUGGGCGAGCGGGGUAAGCAGGGCCGUGGCGAACAGGCGGGGCGGCUCACCGGUAGAAGGCGAAGUCCCCGAGCGGGUUCCAGUUCGCCGUGUAGCAGUCCAUGGCUGGAACAGGCAUCAGCUGGGCAGCGCUCAGAGUACGCCAGGCUCCAGGCCGGCACUUCCGCUUCCGCCCGGCUGGGUCACGUGUCGAAGCCGUGGCUACCGCCAUCACUAUUGUGGGCAACCACACUCGGCCACCGCAGAGCUCCCCAUCCGCAUUCCGGGCCUUGAGCCCGCCCUGGGGGGCACGGCUUUUGGCCACUCCCCACCCUGGCGGCCAUCGCCGUCACCUUCCCGUCCCCUCGGGCGUAGGGGGUCGCGCAGGGAGGGACACGGGUGACCGGAUGUGGAAGCUGUGAGCACAGCCGCCCCAGAUGCGCAGUCCGAGGCCCGAGGCGCCGUCGGGGCCGCCGCGACGUACGCAUGGAGAGCGCCGAGCGCCCGGCUGCGCACCGACGGCAAACGGGGUCGCACGGGCUCUGCGGGACGGGAGCUUUGCGGAACCGAUUGGCCUCCCGGGGCGCGGGAACAUGAUACUUGGCCAGGAGCCUGCUGCUGGCGAGGCGCGCGGCUACAGGGCCUGCGCCUGUACUCCGUGAUCGGUGCGGAGCCCCGAAACUCGUGGCCUUUUCCUGCAGCCCAUCGUGGCGGCGGCAUGGUCUUCUGUCUGGAGAACAGGGAGCCGCGCCGCCCGCUGCCAAGAGCCAUGGUCCACUUCCAGGCCUCAGAAGUCCAGCAGCUGCUACACAACAAGUUCGUGGUCAUCCUGGGGGACUCCAUCCAGCGGGCUGUGUACAAGGACCUGGUGCUUCUGCUCCAGAGAGACUCACUGCUCACAGCAGCCCAGCUGAAAGCCAAGGGGGAGCUGAGCUUUGAACAGGACCAGCUGGUGGCUGGGGGCCAGCUAGGCGAGCUUCACAACGGAACACAGUACCGCGAGGUCCGCCAGUUCUGCUCGGGUUCUGGCCACCACCUUGUGCGCUUCUACUUCCUCACCCGUGUUUACUCCGAGUACCUCGAGGACAUCCUGAAGGAGCUGACAUAUGGGCCUGCCCCGGAUCUGGUGAUCAUCAACUCCUGCCUCUGGGAUCUCUCCAGGUUGGGGAGGUAUGGCCGCUGCCCCAUGGAGAGCUACCGGGAGAACCUGGAGCGGGUUUUCAUGCGCAUGGACCAAGUGUUGCCAGACUCCUGCCUGCUGGUGUGGAACAUGGCGAUGCCCCUGGGGGAGCGAGUCACAGGGGGCUUCCUCCUACCAGAGCUCCAGCCCCUAGCAGGCACUCUGCGGCGGGACGUGGUCGAAGGGAACUUCUAUAGUGCCACGCUGGCUGGAGACCACUGUUUCGACGUCCUAGACCUCCACUUUCAUUUCCGGCAUGCAGUACAGCACCGUCACCGGGACGGUGUCCACUGGGACCAGCAUGCCCACCGCCACUUAUCCCACCUGCUUCUGACCCACGUGGCCGACGCCUGGGGCGUCGAGCUGCCCACGCAUGAACAUCCCCCUGACCCGUGGAUUGAGGACUGGCCGGAGACGGAUCAUCCAUUCCAGGAAAUCCAUAGGCAGCCCCCAGACUUCGGGGAGCAGCUGGCCUUUCCCCGACCCCCACCCUCUCCCUUGCCCCCUACCCUACCCUUUCCCUACCCCCUUUCUCAGCCCUCACCACCCCCCCUCUUCCCACCCCUGCCCCAGGAUGCCCCUUUUUACCCGGGCCAGCCCUUCCCACCCCAUGAGUUCUUCAAUUAUAAUCCAGCGGAGGAUUUCUCGAUGCUACCCCACUUAGGAUGUGGCCCUGGAGUGAACUUUGUGCCUGGCCCUCUGCCCCCUCCAGUCUCUGGCCCUAUCCCCCGUGGUCAGCACCGGGGCCCUUUGGUCCACCGAGGGAUGCCACGUUAUGUUCCCAGCAGCCCCUACCAUGUGCCAAGAAUGAGGGGGCCCUGCAGGCAGCGAUUCAGACACUCAGACAGGCUGAUCUACACAUGCAAACUGGACAGCCGGCCUUCUGCCCAUUCGGGUACAUGGCCUGGGUAGAUGAUCUUGGGCUGGGGCUGGACAUGCCAAUGGCCCUGCAAGGACUGCCUGCCACCCAGGUGCCGGGCCAGGGUGUCUGCCAUGCCUGGUGUUCUUAUCCAUUGCUUUCACCAAUAAAGGCAUGGAAGAGCA